CAACGCUGAAGGCAAAUUCAGUCCGACCGGCGGAUUGUUUGAUUGAUCGUCAUUCUUCGGCGAGAUUUUGGUGAUUUUAAAGCAGGCGUAUCAGCAGAGAUUUGAUAAAUAAACAGCGGAAAACGAGAUCGAACGAUGAAUCCGACGGAGCCAACGAGCAACGAAACUCUGAGCUCAAAAAUGAAAGAUGUUAUAGACGUACUUGCCAUGCAACGCGAGAAAAGGAAUACUCUCCAGAAAAGCAUCACUGUCGACUAUACAAAGGCCAAUGACAGCUUCACUGCUUCCAGGUUCAUCUUCGAAUGUGGUUUCAAACUCGAUGCCCAUCCGCUGACCACAGCAACAGCGGCUACGCUGUAUCACAGAUUCUUCAAAGAAGGUGAUCAGGAGGGUUAUGACUGCUACCUGAUAGCGGCGACCUGCCUUUAUCUGGCUGGAAAGGUCAAAGACAACCCACUAAAAAUCCGCGACGUUAUGAACGUUGCCCACAAUACCUUGCAUCGAGGCUCUCAACCACUUGAAUUAGGGGACCAGUACUGGAGUAUGCGGGAUGCAAUCGUACAGGCUGAGCUGCUGAUCAUGAGGAUGCUCAAAUUCCAAGUUACGCCUGAACAUCCACACAGGUACAUGCUGCAUUACCUGAGGUCUCUCCAGGCGUGGUUCGGCGAAGAGGAAUGGUCAAAGUAUCCUGUCGCAAGAACAAGCAUGGCGCUACUACAAGACUUUCACCACUCCACUGCCAUACUCGAUUAUCCCCCAAACUUGAUCGCCAUUGCCUGUAUCAAUUUGACUCUCCAGAUAUACGGGGUCGUCGUUCCAUUGAUGGAUGAGUGCGAUCAGCAGCCCUGGUUUAAUGUAUUCUGCAAGGAGCUCACCAGGGAGAAGUUGUGGGAAAUCAUGGAAAAGAUCAUGGCUGCGUAUGACGACGAACCGGAGACUCGAGAUAAUUGACAAUUAAUGCUCACCGAGAAGGGUAAUGAAGUCGUCGAAUGACGACAAUGACAAUGAUAUCAACAAAUUUGUUGAGUUAUUGAAGAAAUAAGAAAACAGAACAGAAAUAAUGAUUUGGUAUCGGUGUUACACACCGUCGACACAAUUUUUACCUUACAAUAUGUUAUAUUGACAAAUUCAAGUGCGAUUCUUGCUAUCGAGUGUGAAUAAAUAACACUUAUUAAUACGUAAAAUGCAUUCUGUGCAAGUAUUCUGUACACGAUUCCGGCGUCGUUCU